ACGGUCCAGAAGGGCGCUCGCUUCGUGCGCGAAGGUUCAUUGUCGAUUCUCUUCUCUGAAUCUCUCGUUGCGUUUUCGCAUCGUUGUUCUCGCGCGGCGAUAAGUCGCCGAUCCGCGGGAACGUGAUCAACUUUCCUGGCGAACACAGAAGUGAGACAAAAUGUACAAUGGCAUUGGACUUCAAACUCCACGUGGUUCUGGCACUAAUGGGCAUGUUCAAAGGAAUUGGGCUAUCGUGCGAAAAAACAAGGAUAAAGUCACUUACAAGAUGGAAGAAUCCAAAGCCGAUCAAUUGAAUAAACAACCAAACAAGGAAAUCUUAGACCAUGUCAGAAAGAGAAAAGUUGAGGUCAAGUGUGCAGAGUUGGCUGAUAUUUUAGAAGAUCAAGGAUAUACGAACGAAGAAAUAGAGAACAAGGUAGAACAAUACAGAUCAGUGUUAAUAGGUGGCGAUAUUAAGUCAUCCACGCCGCAAGAUGAAUUUGGCCGAGUUAAUGUACGAGAGACACAUCAGAUCGCCGAGGCGCAGCAGGAGAAGAAUGCGAAGCUUCGCGAAGCAUUCGGCAUUUCCGAAUUCUUCGUGGAAGGCAGUAGCCUAGACCCAGAGCGGCACGCGCGCGAGGCGGAGGCGCGAGCCGCCGCCGCCGCCGCGAGUAAAGUCUACGAGCUGGUGCGUACACCGAGUCCGACGCCGCCACCAGUACCGGAAACGAUCGUCACGACUGCUGAAAAGAAGAAGCGUAAGCGUUCCAGCAGCGCAAGCAAAAAGAAGAAGACCAAGAAGCACAAACGGGAAAGAUCCGAAUCUCCCAAGUCUGGCAAGAAGAAAGAAAAGUCCAAAAAGAGAAAGAAGGAGAAAAAGCAUAAAAAAAUCGAGGCCACAUCGUCUGACAGCGACUCCAGUGAGGAUUCCGAUGAUAGCAACUCAUCUGAGGCCGAAUCGAAGAAGAAGAAGAAAAAGAAAAAGAAAAAGCUCAAAGUCGAGGGAAAGGACAAGCAUGAGAAGAAGAAGACAUCGACUAAACGGAAACGUCAAUCAUCUGAAAGCUCCACAGAUAGUUCCGUGGAAAGACCGAAAAAAUCGGUAAAAUAUGAGAAAACCGUGGACAAGGCAUCAAGGAAUGAAAUUUCCGAGAGUGCUGCAGCCUCGCGAGAACCACUUCCUCCUCGAUCAAUCCGAUCACCGAAGCGAGAAGCAUUGUCUCGAACUACAAUAUCUCGGAAUGAGACUCCGCCACUACCGCCGUCGACCAGUAGUAAAACAAAGAAAGAUUCGCCGAGAAAGAGUACGGCAGAGAAGCGAGACAAAUCGCCGAUGAACCACAACAGGAGUCCUGCUCCAUCAUCAAACAGACGACACAAAUCAUCUUCCAGAAGCAGAGGUGAUAGAAGCGAUAGAAAUGAUAGAGACAGAGAUAGAGACAGAGGAGGAAGAGAAGGAAGAUCUCCCAGGAGAUACUCGAGGUCACGUCGUAUGAGUCCGUCUCCCAAACGGAGACGAGGAUAUUCUAGAUCGCCUAGGAGACACAGCAGAUAUUCCAUGUCCAGGAGUAGAAGUCGCUCCAAAUACGAUCGCUAUGGAUCCUCUCGCAGGAGACCCGUGUCUCCACCAGCGAGACGCAGAGAGACCGAUUCUCGCCGAAGAUCGCGUUCGGCAAGGCGACAGCAACGUCGACGAUCCCGAUCGCGCUCUACGUUGAGUUAUUCACCGGUUAGAAAGAAUCCAGAGCGUUACAAGGAAAUCCUAGAGGAUCGAAAAUCGCGACGAGACCAGAAAAAGAAAACUAAAAGCGAUAAAGCGAAGUCACGCUCGACAUCGAGAAGCAGGAAAACACAACAGAUAGCGGUUGCACCCAGAGUGAGUCUGAGAUCAUCGAGCGAGGACGAAGCCGAUCUGGCCGACGAUGAGCCCAGCAAACAGCAGCAAGAGGAAGACGAGGAAAGGAGAAUUAUAGAAUUGAACACAUUGAAACGAUUACAGAGUGGCUUGGCCGCAAAGGCACGGGAAACAUUAGAGAAGAAAGCAAUCAGUCCUACGAAGAUCAAGAUUGAGAGACGAGAAGAUGUGUUAGAUAUCGCUCUACCGAAUGAACCGCCGAAAACUGUAGCGCAAAAUUCAAUCAUACCGAUUCGAGACAGAUCCACAUCAAAGGAACCAGUUAUACAGGCUCUUCCGAUCAUUCAGUCACCAGUGUCCAGCAGAUCACCGUCGCCGGCUUUACCUCUCACCCGAGAAGAGGCAGCGAUUAAAAUCAGAUCGCCGAGUGAGUCACCGCCGCCAUUGCCUCAGCAAUCUUUUGAUAAAGUCGAUUCCACGUCUCCCAGUGUGAAGACUAAGACAAAUAGUCAGUUCUUGAGAUCGCCAAGUUGCUCGGGCAAGAAAGACUCGCCGUCGAUCGCGUCUUCGAAGAAAGAUGUCUCGAAAAGAGAGUCAUCUUCUCCUACCACAAUGAUAUCCAGAGAGGAUAACACGAUAAUAAAACUGCGUUCGCCGAGUGAAUCACCGCCGCCUUUGCUGAACAUGUCGUUAGCUAGAAUGAAUCGUCACUCGAGAUCGCCAAAAAAAAGUAAAUCGUACUCUAGAUCGGCAUCGAGAUCAUGCACGAGAUCACCGUCCGUCGCGGACAAAAUGAGGUCUUCCAGAUCGCUGUCCAGAGACAAGAAGUCGCGAUCCCGUUCGCGAGGCAAGAAAUCAGCAUCACCUGAGCAACGAUCGACUUCUAGAUCAGCCUCCAGGGCAAAGAAAUCAUCGCCCAAGACGAGAACGAAACAGCAGCACUCGCCCCGAUCUAGAUCUCGAUCCUCGGCAGAGUCAAAGCGCUCGAGCGCAUCAAGAUCGCCCUCGAGGUGCAAGAAGUCCGCUUCGCGAUCCAGAAGUAGAAAUCGAUCGUUGUCGAAGAGGAGGUCGCGCAGCCGUUCUUCUCUAUCAAAGAAAUCUAGGAGUAGAUCGCUAUCGAAGAAGAGAUCACAUAGUCGUUCGCUGUCGAAGAAAUCCAAAAGUCGUUCGCGAUCGGCAUCGAGGAUCUCCAGGGAUAAGGAUAAACGUAGUCAUACUAGAAGUAGCUCCCGUUCUUCUGUUAGCUCUAGGCACAGUCGAGCUAGAAGUUUUUCCAGCUCAUCAAGAUCAUCGAGCAGUGUCUUCAGUCAAUCCUCCCGCUCCACCUCCAGCAGCUCUGCCUCCAGUAGAUCACGCUCGCCGUCGAUACCUCGACGUCAUGGUUCACCUAGUUUUCUGGACAGACGGCGUAUCACGAGCGCGAGGAAACGUCCGAUCCCGUAUCAUCGACCAACUCCGACACCACCCUCAUCGCCGAGUAGUUCUGAAAGCAGUAGACACAGUAACUGGUCCAGUGCGAGUCAUCGAUCUAGCUGCUCCGCGAGUCGUAGUCCGUCUUACACGCGUUGAGAAUUGAGAAAAACG